GGAAGCCCACAUCUUCCUGAGUCCUCAGGCCGGGGUAGUGCUAAAGGCGAUGUUCAGCCUCAUUUCCAUGGAGCAAUUGAUGCUGACAGGCAGCCUAGAGGACAGUGUGUUCCCCAAAGCCUGCUAGGCCUCAGUGGAGAAGCCCAAGAGGCCUGUGGAAGACUGAACCUCUCACCCGAGAAAGUGAAGGAAGAGAUUCUGGAAGAGGACUAUGUCGCCUUGGACAUUUGGCGCCAACGCUUCAGGCGGCUUUGCUAUGAAGAAGCGGAGGGGCCCCGGCACACUUUCCGCCAUCUCCAAAAACUUUGCCAUCAAUGGCUGAAGCCAGAGAGGCACAGCAAGGAGCAGGUCCUGCAGCUGGUGAUCCUAGAGCAGUUCUUGGCUGUCUUGCCACAGGAAAUGCAAUGUUGGGUGAGGGACCGUGAGCCUCAGAGCUGCACCCAGGCGGUUAGCCUGGCUGAGGAUUACUUGAGGAAGCCCCAAGAGAUGGAAACACAGGAACAGCAGGCACUAGUUCCCCUUGAGGUGGUGGUGGUGAAUUCCUUCAAGACAGCCCCUGUAAAGAUGGAACCCUCCAUGGAGACCAUGCAGGACAGCGAUGAGGAAGCCGGUGUGCUAGAACACGAGUUUAAACAGCCUGAGGCGGGAAAGAGAGAAUACAAAUGUUCUCAAUGUGGGAAAGUCUUCUUGUGGAGAUCCCACCUUACCAGGCACGAGAGGACACAUAUGGGAGAAAAACUGUAUAACUGCAUGAUCUGCGAGAGGAGCUUUAGCCAAGCCUCGCACCUCGCCAUCCACGAGAGAACCCACACAGGGGAGAAACCAUACAAAUGUACCGUAUGUGGAAAAAUCUUCAACCAGAGCUCAGUUCUUCUGAGGCACAUGAUGAAUCACACGGGGGAGAGAGGGCACAAAUGCUCCCAGUGUGGGAAAAGCUUCCGGUGGAAGUCGCAUCUUAUCAGACACAUGCCCACCCACACCGGAGAGAAACUCUAUAAAUGUUCAUGGUGUGACAAGACCUUCAAGCAACUGUCCCACCUCCCUAAACAUGAGAGAAUCCACACUGGGGAGAAACCGUUUUCAUGCGCAACCUGUGGGAAAAGGUUCAUUGCUCGAUCUGACCUCAUUGUACAUGAGAGAAUCCACUCAGGAAAGAAGCCGUAUGCAUGUUCCUGCUGUGGGAGAUGCUUCAGUAAUACGUCAGCCCUUUCUAAGCAUAAGAGAACCCACACGGGGGAGAAGCCGUAUAAAUGCUCUCACUGCGCGAAGUCCUUUAGUGACGCAUCGACCCUUAUUAGACAUAGGAGAAUCCACACAGGAGAGAAGCCGUACAAAUGCCCAGUCUGUGGGAAAAGCUUUAGCGACAGCUCAGAGCUCACUAAACACAAGAGGAACCAUGCAGAGGAGAGGUCGUACAAGUGCUCGAUCUGUGGGAAAGGUUUCGGAGAGAGCUAUCACCUCAUUAGGCAUGAAAGAAACCACACAGGAGAUAAACCAUAUUCCUGCUUGGCUUGUGGGAAAAGCUUCAUCGACAAAUCAAGCUGCAGUAAACACGAGAGGACCCACACAGGGUGA